AUGGACCAAGUAAGUCUUCAUUUAUUCUAGUUUCUUUGGAUAAUAAAAAAAAUUUGUUUAUAGGAGCCAUCCGUAAUCGAUUUUUUUCAUCAGAUCGAUACGUGAGUGGUUUUUUUACUGAAAUUUUGCGGAUUUGGAUAACUUUCCUUGAGUUUACUGCUUCAUGAACGAUUCGAAAUUAGUUAGCUAAUAAGUAUUUAAAAAUUAUUAGAGGGUUUAAAAUUUGACAAUCGUAGAAAAAUAACUGCAAAUGAUUCGAUCUUGUGUGCUCCAUGAAUAUUUUUUUGGAAAAAAAUUAUUUUUUUUAAAAAUAAAUUCAAUAAAAAAAUAAAAUUAACAAAAGAUGCUUCGAAAAACGUUUUCUAUGAAAGAGUAUUUUGCAGAGAUGGUGCGAACCGUACCUUGACCAGAAAUUCCUCGAAAAUGUUGACUUCAAAUGGACCGACGAAAUUCACGGGAUAACUGAAAACGUUCUCAUUAUAAUGCUAAGAGUAGGAAAUCCAAAAAACGAUCUUGAAAACAAAUAUAUUUCUAGGAUACGCAAAAGGCGCCCGAUGAGAGACGAGGUACAACGUCGGUGAAGAACUUUUUCCUGGUGAGUCUUUGAAAAUUGAAGUUGUCGUCAAAUGAGAUUUCUGGUACGCAAACAGCAGACUGUAAGAAAAAUCGCAAGUCACUUUUUUCUACAUCCUUUCCGCAGUUUUUGUAGUUUCGUUGAAAAAAAAACUAUUUCUCAAAACCGGUCAAAAAAUUAAGACCAAAUUGAAGUGUUCGUAGAUUGAAACGUUUGGUACGCAAACAGCACAUUUGACGCGAAAAAUUAAAAAAUUUUCUUCAUCAUGACCGAAAAUUUUGGCUUGUCUACACCUUCUUUUCUCUCAUCAUCAAAAAAAAAAUGUUGAAAGGAAACUAGUUGAAAAAAAAAACGCUGAACUUCUCAAUGAGAAAAAUUACGAAAAUUAAAAAUUGUCGCCUAUUGAGGUGUCUGGUACGCAAACAGCGGAUUUUACGCGAAAAAUUUUUUCUCACGUAUUUUUUCUUCAGGUCCCUUGGAGUCCGCUCGAAUUUCCUGAAGCGGAAACGUUUCCUGAUUCUGAAACUGAACCACAUUUCUACAUUCCAGACCCUUCCAUUGUCGCUAGUUCGUCGUUAACUUUUCCAGACCAAAAAUCUAAAGAGAAAAAAAAUAAUCGUGAACUUCUUUCGAAUAAAAAAUUUUUUCGAAGCCUUGUAAUUGCCAGAAAAGGGGCGUGGCUAGCCAAUGGAAGACUUUUAUCAAUGGAGCGAACUUUUUUAGCUUGAUUACUUUUGCUUUUCAAGCUCUCCAAAGAUCUGAUAGCCUAAAAACGGAAAAAGGGGCGUGGCUAGCCAAUGAGAGACGUUUCUCAUUGGAGAAAACAUUAUGUUUUAUCCAAUUUUUACUCAUAUAAGGUUUCGAUAGCCUCGAAACUGUUGGAAAAAGGAACUAUUCAUCAUUUUUCAGCUCGUUUCAAAUAUCUCAACAUGAAGUUUGUGGCGAUGCAACUGUACCCGGAACGUUGGGAAUGGAAAUCUACUGGACCUCUUCAGGUGACGAUUUUCUGAGAUUCAAUGAUUAUUUUCACGUUCCGAAAAGAUCAAAAUCGAAUGUCAUUUUUUACACGUUUUUAUUCACAAUCAACCUUGAAUUUAAAAAAUGAUUAUUGUUAAGGAAUGUGAUGAGUUCCUGGGAUCGUCUUAUGUGGCCUCGGAGAAAGGGCAAGAAAAUCAGAUGAUCGAUAAAAGUUCGCUCCAGAAAGAAGCCUUGAAAUUUGCAAUUCGGAAAAAUCCCGCGAUUUUCGCACAAGUAAAGGCACAAGCCGCGGAAAUGUUCCGGGUGACGAAAUCGUUGGGGUUCGACGCAAAACAGCUUGAUCACAUUAUCAGAAAGGCUCAAAAGGUUUUUUCUUUUCGAAUUUUUAACAUAUUCCUUAUACAAACGAUAUACAGAAGUCCUUGGUUCGAAAAUUCCGAGCAAAUAUUUCGAAAUCCGGAGCUUACUUUCCUCAAAAACAGUAUCAAAAAAAAGUCGCUUCUGCGCUUUUUUUCACAUUUUUUCAAUUUACAUGUUCUUCUCUCUAGUUAGUUAAAAAGCCGGUAAAACUGUGAAACAAAUGAAAUUUUGGGCUUAGAAGCUCACAAUGAUUUGUAAAACUAUCCCAAUAUUCAAACUAACUUCUUACAGACAGAAGGCUUCUCAGCCCCCAAAGUGACAGCCCUUAUCCGUGCCAAAAUCAGGUAAAAGUUGACUAAUUAGAAUAAUUUUAGUAAAAAGAAAAAGGAAAAGGAAACAAUAAAGAAAUAAUUUGGAAAUAAAAAAUUCUCCCGAUCGAUACUAUAACUCGGCUGUACGCAGUGUGUAUGCACUCAAAACUCCCGUCACGCGAGUUAUUCAUAAUUUGUUUUUUUUUGUUUUUUUUUUGUUAUUGAUGUAUUGUUAGUUUAUUUUCAAUAUCUUUUAUCAGAAGUUAGUUUGCUUUGAUGCCGUUUGCAUGAAAAUGUGCGGAUUUUUUUGAGUUUAUCUUCUCUUAUUGAUACAGGGGUAAUUAAUUUUUUUAAAAAAACCCUUGAACCAUUUUUGUUCAGACGUUCAGAUUUCAUAACUACUGAUUAGGUUUUUUUCGGCAAAAAUAUUAGAAUUGCUACGAAAAAUUCCAUCGUUGAAAAAAACUUCUGAAAAAAAUCGUGCUUUUUUUAAAAAUUUUAAAAUGUCGGUAAUUUCGUUGUUUUAUUGUGUAUUUUUUUCAUUGUUUUAGGAUUUUUUUCUAAACUUUUUAUAAAAAAAUGAAUAACGAAAAAUAUGAUGAAAAAUUUCCACUUUUUUUAAAUCAAUGAUUUUAUUGCUCAAAAAAAUCAGAAAUGUCUCUUUUUUUCUUUUGAAAUCGUAGUUUUUUUGAUUAAAAAGCUUCUUCCAUUUUUUUAAAAAUGUUUUUUUGUCAUUUUUAUGCAUUAGUCUUUUUUUCCAUCAAAUUUUGAAGAUGGCAAAUUCAAACUUCAUAGGGCACAAACCUGAGAUUUUCGACGAAAAAAAGACAAAAAGUCGGACGCACGUGUUCCCAAAUUUCUAUAGGAGGCUCUACGCGAACCGUCUUUUCUGUCUUCUUGUCUAUUCAAAAACGCGCUUCCUAUAUCCCUCUCUCUUUUGUCUAAGUCUAUGCAUUUUGCCCAAAACAAAACAGUUUCGAAAUGUAUUUUCUACGAGCCGGCUGCUUUUCUCAAUGACUCCGUGGCUGCCAAUUUGGCUAAUUUCUUUAGUAAUUGCCAUUUUGUCGAUUUUUCUUCGGUAAGCUUCUGAAAUACAUUGCCAGCUUCAUUUUAGAUUUUUGAUUAAGAAGAGUAGGUUUUUCAGUUUAUUCCAUGUAUUUUUUUCCGUUUUCUUGCGAUAAUUUUGAGUAAAAAGUCUAGAAAAAGGUUAUUUCUCAUCAUUUUUUUCCAAGGAACUGUUUUAAGCUUUUUUUUUCCAGUGUUAUACAGGAAAAUUUCUCAGUUUUAUGUAGUUUAGACUUCACGAAUUUUUUAAAAAUGGUUCAUUUUCUGAAUUUUAGACAUGAUUCAAACAAUUUAGACAUUAGAAAUGUUAUUUAUUAGACUUUCCAUUAUGACAGUUGACUAUUAGAAGCGUUUCUGAAAAAGUUUGAAAAAAAUCCAUAUUUUUUUUAAUAUCGAUUAUUUCAUAUUUUGUUUAGCUUGAAUCUUUUAAAAAAAGAAAAAAACGAUUUUUUUGUGCCGUCCGGCGACUUUUUCCAACCAUUUUUCUUUCGCUUUUGUCUUUUUCAAAAUCUUCUUUUCGGACCUUUUCAAAAUUGACGCAAGAUUUGAUAAAAAAGAUAUAUUUUGGCAACUUUCUCGACAAUCUUUCUGUGUUUUCGUCGCCAUUCGUGAGUCAUUCCGCGCUCCACGACAGCCUCCCGAAUGCCGCCCUUUAUCUUUCUCUAACCAACGCUAUUUCCUCCAUUCUCGGUACCACGCGGAAUAUUCAAAAAUGCCAAAAAACGGCGACGCUAAUGGCCGAUCAGAAUUAUUUCGAAUUUUCUCAUUUGUUCAUUUAAAUAUUUUUCGUCAACUUUUGAGGGCAAGCCCGGGCUUGAGUCAGGGUCGGCCCGUCAGCGCAAAAAAAGGCAUUUUUUUGUGGAUUUGCAUAAUUUUUUUGGCUCAGCUUUUGAUUCUUUAGGUUUUUUUGUAAAAUUUAUAUUUACUUUUUUUUGAUUUAGAAAUAAAAAAAUAAAAUGAUGAAAAAAAUGGAUGCAGAUUUUUCGCGUUUUAAAAAAACUUUUUUUCCAAAAAGAAAUCUUUUUCUUCAGCUUGAUUUUUUUCGAACCGACUUUUAGAAAAAAAGAAAAAAAUUUUUAGGGAAUUCGCGAAAUUUUUCUGCGCUUUUUCAGGCAUUAGUCAAAGUAUUUUAAGCUAAUUUUUUUUAUCAAAAGUCGAUGAAAGAUAAAAAAAUGGCUACAAAUUUUUUUAAAGAUUGAAAAAAAAUUUUUUUGUGAUGAUAUUUGCGUCAUGAACCGCUUUUUUUAGGCGUUUUUUUAGUUAGAAGGAUUUUUUUGACCGAACAAAUUUUUUUUUUCAACAAUUUUUUCGCAAUUUCAGGCAGGAAGAAGAAAUAGAAGCGGCCCUUUCCGCCUUGGAACCAACUGUCGCACAACCUGAACCCGUCGAUAAGGUAUCUUUUCCAGAUUUUCAGAGAAAAACAAUGAUUUUUUCGAAUAUUGGGUCAAAAAGCUUUAAAAAAAAAAAAAAUUCAAUAUCCCGUCUCGAAAUUAUUCUCCGCAGAGCACACUUGCUGUUGACCCUUUUAUUUUCAUUUUUAGAAUUUUUUCCAGGUCAAGACGGCUUUUUUUGAAGUUAAAUUUCACCUGCAAAGCUCGAAAAAAAAACCACACUCUUACCCAGAAAAUGUUAUCCAUGGAGCACACUUGCUGUUGACCCUUCUCCUUUCAUUUUUAGAAUUUUUUCCAGGUCGAGACGGCUUUUUUUGAUAAAACUUCAAGUCCGCUGAUAAAACAAAAAGUCCCAAAAAAAAUACAUUCACACCCCAAAAAUGUUCUCCAUAGAGCACUCUUGCUCUUCGACCUUUUCCUUUUAUUUUUAAAUUUUUUCCGAGUCCAAACGGGAGCUGAAUCGCCUUACUAUUACUAGCUCAGAAAAAAAAAAUGGUAAUCCAUUAAAUUUUUUUCCGUUGAGCACAGUUGCUGUGACUACUACAUUGAUGGCUCUAGUGGCCACUUUCAGGCUUGUGCGUCAGGCCGGGCGGCCCGGCCCGGGCCGGGCUUAAAAAAAAAUUUAAAAUUUCAUUUGAAAAGUUUCCACCGAAAUGUGACUUUUACUUCUGAAAUCAUAGUUUUUGUUAAACUUUAAGAGAAAAAAAAUGAGCAAAAACGUAAUUUUUGUCGUAAAAAAACUUGAUAUCCGACUAGAAAAAAAUUGCGCGCUUCGGGCCGGGCGGGUCAUUUUUUUCUUGAGGCCCCUCUAAGGCCGGGCCGGGCUUAUGAAAUGGUCGGGGGGGGAGGGUGACGGGCCGGCCCUCGCACAAGCCUGGCCAUUUUAACGCCCUUUCCAAGUAGUCUUUGAAAAACCACACAAGUGGCCACUAGAGUUUAUUCAUCAGUACAUUUCCUAGGAACUUGAGGACCUCCACCAGCAGAUGGACACCAAGGUCGAAGGAGAGACGCCGGAGGAAGUCGCCCAAAAAUCCAAGCUCAAAGAUGACCUGACCCAGGUUCUCAAGGAGAUGGUGGAAGCUCAGGAGCCGUCCCGGUGAGAUUUGACGGAGAAAAAAAUUAGAAUUUUUUUUGAGACUUGCUGGUCCUUUUUAAGGGUUUUGAAAAAAAUAAAAAAAGCUCCUUUCUUUUUUUGCAAAAACUUUCUCCCAAGCUUUUUUUCUACAAUUUCAAAGAAAAAAAUUUCUUUUUCCAAUCUACGGAUUGUUAAAAGCAAAAAUUUUGGUUUUAAAAAAAUAGAAUAAAUCAAAAAAAGAAACGCGGCUUUAGUUCCAUAGAGUGGGAUAAGAUUACUAUUUUGAUUUUUUUAGAAAAAGAUUUUUCUAAAAAAAUCCUGUUGGAAAAAAACUUAUAAUGGAGAACAAAUUCAAAAAGUUCGGUUUUUUUAAAUUUCUUCAAGAUAGGUCUAAAUCUCCCUUUUCAAAGAUUUGAUGAUCCAGUCACAUUCCAAAUCGAUCUUAGGAUUUUUGGAUUUUUUCAAAAAUUAAGUUCGAAGUUCAAAAGUAUUAUUGAGAUCUUUUCGAAAUAAAAAUCUUAAAAAUCGGUUUUUUCUCUCAAUAAUUUGGAAUAGGUCACAAUGAUUUUUUUCAUUCCAUUUUUUUCCAUUUUCUAAAAAAAUUUCUGCUCCAUUCAAUUUUUCAGGGCAAUUUUUGGACUUGUUUCAAAAUUUCGAUCGAAUUUCAGAAGUUUUUUUAGAGAUUUCUAUGAAAAAAAAAAUUAUAAAAAUCGGCUUUAUUUUUUUCGAAAUAAUUACAGAGGUCAAAAAAAGGCCCUUUUCAUUCGAUUUAUUUCAUUUUUUUCAAAAAUUCGAUGAUCCUGUCUGUUUUUGGUCGAUGUUGGGAUUUUUCCAAAAAUCGGCACCCGAAUCUUCAGCCACACUGUGAGGUCUUAGAUUCUCAAACAUUUUAAGACUUCUUUUUUUCAAAUACUAUAAUGUAGAUCACAAGGACCCUCUUUAUUCCAUUCUUUUUCAUUUUCCUAACAAUUCGAUGAUCCAGUUAAUUUGCAGGUCAAUUUUAGAAUUUUUUUGAAAAAUCGUGAUCGAAAUUCAGAAGUUUUUUUGGAGAUUUCUAUCAAAAAAAUAUAUUUAAAAAUCGGUUUUUUUCGAAAUAUUUCUAGAGGUCAAAAUGGCCCUUUUUUUCAAAGAUCCGUUGACAUUGUCAAUUUUUAGGUAAAUCAAAAAAAUUGAGACCUAGAAGCUCCCCUGAGACCUCUGCAAAAAAAAAAUUCAGAAAUUUCGGGACUUACCAUAUUUCUUUUUCCAGAACUUUUGGCUCUACGGAAAAAGAAUCCGAGUCGUUCACUUCCCCUGGUCGGAACCAAAAUUUCAGUCCUCGGAAGAGAAACAAAAAAGAAGACUGGGAAAUGGAAAUGGAAAACGGAAUUAACAGGACGUUCGUUUUUUAUCUCGCAAAUUUCAUUCCAAAUGAAACUUUUUUUCUUUCAGAGCUCAAAUUGGACAUUACCUUUCCCAAUGGUUAGAUUUAAUUGUAGUUUUGAUUAAUCUUUUGAAUUUUUCAAGGAGUGAUAUUUCUAUCCCCGGAGGAAAAGGUCAUAAAGCAAGACGGUUUGUCAAAAGACGUCACGGCCUUCCUUUGAGGUCAUUUUUAUUUUUUUGAAAAUCCAGGGGAGGGUCUCGAAAGCACAGUAGAUAGGGUUAGUAGGCGUGGCUUAAUGCAAUAGGGGCGCGGUUUAUUGCAGUAAUGCGCUGCUUUUAAGCAUCGAAUCCCGUUUUUUCAAACCAAAAUACAGUUCAAAACGAAGUUUCGGCCGAAUAUGUAGCUUAUAGGUCUCUUCAAAUCCCUUUGAAUGUUACAAAACAUACUGUAGUUAUAAUCUAAAAAGAUUUUACACCAAUAUCUAACCAAAGAAAAAUGUGAAAUUUCGUCAACCACGACCAACCAAGUUGCGCGCGUUCGGAGUGAAAUCUCGAGAUGUUAGGUUUAGAAAUUUGAACUUUUUUUGUGGCAUUGGUUAGAACAUACUACAAGACAUAUUCCAUGAAAGUAAUCACGAUGCGAUUCUAUGCCGACAACCAGGGUGACCGAAAAACCGACUUUCCAAACACAAAAAUUACCGUAACUCGAAAAUUCCUACAGUAACCCAAGAUGGCAUGUACUGUAAAAGUUCUUGAAAUUGGAUUGCCUAUCGAUUGAUAUAUCACUUGCCUAGUAAAAACUCUUCACUACUUAGACACGCAGGCGCCCACCUGCCUACCGUAGUAAGAGGGAAUGGCUCAAAAAGCUGCGACCGCAUUUCUGAUGAUGGGUUAUCACACUGGAUGAAGAUUCAUCAAAAUCAAAGGCGCUGCUUAAUGCAAUAGGGGCGCGGUGAUAAGAGUCGAAGUUUGUGGAUCGAUGUAGUAUAGUAAAAAGAGCAUAAAUAAUUUUUUUAAUCCGAAUUUUUUUGAAAUAUUUGUGUAUUAUCAUAAAUGACAAUAAUUUUAUUUAAAAAGAUGAAAUAGACGGGAUAAAUUUCCAAAAUUAAAUAUCUCAUAAAAGACAUUUUUGAAGCUUUGUGGGAUCAAUUGCAGAAAAUUUUCUCAAAAAAAAAAUCCAUUUGAAAAUUUGAAACAAGUAGCCUUUGCAAAUUAAAUUUUCAUCAAAAUAGUCAUUUUUAUGGGAAUUAUCGUGACAAAAACCUCAUCAAGUUUUUUUGCAUUAGAUUAAACACGUUUUUAGAACACCCAGAAUGGGAAAAAAACAACAGAAAAGAUGGAUCUUUUUCUGUUAAUUAAAAAAAAAUCAAUUUUCAGAAUGUCGAACUUCCAAAAUACUCGUCGGCAGCCUCCGAAAGAAUCGUCUCCUUCGUCAGGAUCUCAGAGGAGGUUUAAAAAAAGAAGAAAAGGGGAAUCCGGUAGAGAAAGAGUUAGAAAAAGAAGGGAAAAAACCUAAAAAAAUGAAAAAAAGACUGGAAAAAAAUGAGAAAAAAAACGGAAAUAUCUGAAAAUAGACUAGGAAUCAAUGAUAGAAAAGGAAUUCAUUAGAGAAAAAUGAGAAAAAAAAGAGAAUUUUGAAAAAAUUUUUGGGAAAAGAACGAAUAACUGAAGAAAAAGUGAACGAAGCGAAAGAAAUAUCCCGAAAAAUUAGCGAUUUUCAAAAAGAUUAUAGACUCAAAACCAGAAAAAUUAUCAUUUAGCUUUAAAAAAACGAAGAAAAAAAGUCUAAACAUUUCUAUUUUUUUGAAUGAUUUUUCCCAUUUAUUUUUCAGCUCCACCUCGGAAAAAAACAGAGCUAUCGCAACAAAAAAUCGAAAAAGAGGUGAUUUUUUUCCCGUAGGAAAAUGUAUAACUUUUUUUAGACCCUUCAAAAGAAUCGUUAGAUCCUCGACAGAAACAAGGUAAUUUAGAGCAGGUAGAUCAAAAAACAAAUUCAAAUUUUCAGCCCUCAAAGUGAAUCUCCUGAAAAAUUGGCCUCCGAGAGCUCGUUCGAAGAAUGCAGGUGAUUUUUUGAAGUCUUGAGACGAAUUUUUACAGUAAUCUUGAGAAAGCCUUUCUUGAGAACGCGAAAGGGGUCACUAGAGGGGCUAGGGAAUAAAAACUUAUAAUGAACUGUUUCCGAAAAAAAGUUUUAGUGGGCCCUAAAGGAGUUUAGGGUUUGAUCCCUGAGUCUCUCAAGCUCAAGACAGGCCACGCCCCUUUUUUCUCAAGCUAUAGCUGAUUCACAGCUGGCUUGAGACAUCAAAAAAAGGGUCCUGACACGUUUAAAAAAUAGAUAGUGCCUGCUUGGUGGAGGGCCCAGACAGGCCACGCCCUUUUUCCUUUCAGUCAAGCUGUAGCGACUCCACAGCUGGUUUCAAAAAACGGUCCUGACACGUUUAAAAAAAAGAAGGUUGACUAGGCCACGCCCCUUUUCUUCUCGAGCUGUAGCGGCUCUACAGCUGGCUUCAAAAAAAGGGUCCUGACACGAUUCAAAAAAAAAGAAGAGUGCCUAGGCCACGCCCCUUUUCUUCUCGAGCUGUAGCGGCUCCACAGCUGGCUUCAAAAAAAGGGUCCUGACACGUUUUAAAAAAAAAGAGUGCCUAGGCCACGCCCCUUUUCUUCUCGAGCUGUAGCGGCUCCACAGCUGGCUUCAAAAAAAGAGUCCUGACACGUUUAAAAAAAAAAGAAGGUUGACUAGGCCACGCCCCUUUUCGUUUCGAGCUAGCCGUGAAUCGACUAUAGUCAAAUAAGAACCAUUUAUCCUUACAAAGGAAGAAUUUCGAAGUUUUCACAUUUCAAUUUAUUUUUUCAGUGUAAUCGAACCAGAAGAGCCCCAAGUUGAAGUGAAAACCGUCGUUUUUGAGCCGAUUCGCGAAAAAUGCUCCAUUUGCUUGAGUUUGGACACUUUAGAGGCCGGUUUUUCGAAGGUGCUCGAAAAUAGGAAAAUUUAUAAAGUGAAGAAAUAUAUUUUUAGGUUUCAUGUCAAGGUCGCCCGCCUUGUACAAUGAUCAUCCACAGGUCAUGCAUGACCAAUGCGAUGGCAGUUCAAAAUUUGACCCGAAAGAAGGAGUUCAAAGUGAUUUUUUGACUUAUUCCAUAGUUUGGAGAACUGUAUGACAGGAAAUCCGUAGAAAACGGUCGAAAAAAAAAUUGGGUGCAAAUUCGCCCUAUCGGUUUCAGAGCGGUCCCUAGAGGGGCGACUCUAGAAAUCUUCGGCCCCUUUAGGGACCACCUUACCUCCCCCUAUGAGGGCUACUGCUUGGAGAAUUUUUAGUGGCCACUAUAGGGUUUUGACGUUUUAGUGGCCACUAUAGUAGUCAAAUUAUUGGCAACUAUGGAGGUCUAAGUGCUCUUAUUAGACCACUAAAAAUUUUAGUGGCCACUUUAGGGGUCAAUGAAUCAACAUAAUUGGUCCAAUCUGUUUGUUUUAUAAUUAUCAGAGUUACUGGAAGGAAUACUGGAUGUAAAACUACUGAAGUGGCCACAAAAACGAAAAAUAGUGGCCACUUUAGUGUCCAUUUCAAGUAGUCCCUAUUGUGGCCACUAUAAAUUCCCCCAGUGGAGUUCGAAAAAGGGACUCUUCAUAGGAGUUUCAGUGAGGGACCUCUUUAGGGGAGCCUUAUAAACUUAAUUUCAAAAAUUUGAAAAAAAAACUUUUUUCAGGAAUAUUUUACAUGCUUUCUUGGGAGUAAGGAUCCUGAAUUUGAAAAAAAAUUUGAUAGAAAACUUUGAGCUGAAGAGACAACAGACAACGAGAGGAUUUCUCGUUUCUCUGCCGCCUCUUCAUAUUGCCUUCACUCUCAUUUUCACCUUUAUUAGUCUAAAAAUCACUUUUUUACGGAUCGAAUAAGAAAAACCACUUUCAAAAAUCUCCAGGACGCGAUUUGUCCCACCGACGGCUGUGAAGCACCUUUGGACCGCAUCACGGAUCUUCAUGCCGAUGGAUCCGAGGGAAAGGUCCGCAUUUUACAAACGUCCGCAACUGAUUUUUCAUUUUGAAGCCUCUUCUCUGCAAUCAAUCGACUAAAGAAAAGAUCCCGGAAUCGAAAGGAAAAGAUUCAAAAUCGACCAAGCCGAAGAAAAAUGAAGACAAAAAGAAGAGGAAUCGUCUGGGUUGGUCUUCAUUACGGGAAAAUUCGUAGAAUAAAGUUGCGAUAGAUACUGUAGUUCUCUUCCAUUGAUCAUCGUUUCGAGACCCAUUUUUCUUGAAACUGUACUGAUUCUUUGACAAAAUUCGAACAUUUUCUCAUUUUUAUCAUAUUUUAGGCCUUCAUUUUGAAGUUUUGAACUUUUUCGGACAAGAAAAAUAACUUGAAUAAAAAAAGUUUAUUAUUUGAAUUUUAAUCAAGUUUUAAAUUUUACUGAAAAAGUAUUUUUUUAUGAAUUUUUUUAGGGUAAUAUUUUGUAAAUUUUUUUGGGCUUAUUUUAACAAGUUUUAAAUUCAGCUUUGAACUUUUUGGGCUUAUUGGGAUAAGAUAAAGAACUUGAAAAAAGGACGAAAUCCAUUUUUUUUAGCUUCUUGCGAGUUCUAGGUGAGUUUCUCCCUGAAACGGGGCUUCAUUUAUGUAAUUUUCAUCAAUUUGUAAGGUCAACACCAUACAUAGGAGACCGGCGAGACCAGCGACAGCCAAGUCCCAGAAAAAUUCUUUUUUUGUCAUCGAAUUCGUUUAAUAAACUUUGAAGUUUACGAAAUGAAUUUUUGAUUUUUUUUAAAAUAUGUUUUUGCCAAGUCUAGCUGAAUUUCCCACUUCAAAGGUGCACGUCUCACAGAUUUCAUACUUUUUAUCCACUUCUUGUUUAUUCUUUUCGAUUUUUGAACUCAAAACUAAAAAAAAAGGACAUUUUUCAGUCUCACAAAUCGGCUCAAUCGAUGAGCUCGAAAGUUACGUUGUGGUCGAGAAUGAGCCCGAGCUCGAGCCCGAGCCUGAGACGAAAAUUGAGCCCGAGUUGAAGCCCAAGGUAGGGUUCCAAAAAAAAAAAGAUGAUUUUUCGUACGAUUCAGUGAGUCUAAAGUGUAGGGAAAGGAAUGAGGAUUUUUGGAAAAUAAGGCAAAAAUUUUGAUAGUUUUUGGCUUUAUUAAGACGCAAAAAUGGUCAAAAAGCGAUAGAAAAUAGUUUCAGAACAUCAUAACCAAUCCCGACGAGGCGGGCCUAAAAACGGUCCGGCUUGAGAAAAAACAAGACGAAGUCGUCGAAAAAUACUCCAAAGGCGCAGGAAUCCACAAGACGAUCAAUAGAAAAGACAGAAAGGACUCGGUGAGUGAAAAAAUAAUUUUUGAAUUUUUAAGGUACUGUAGGAGGAAAGUACGUGAUGUGUAGUUCACAGAAUGCAUUUUAUCCCACGACAAAAAUUUUUUUCACGUUUGUUUCCACGUUUUUGUGAUUUUUUGUUUUGAGUAAUGAGCAUAAAAAAAAAUUGAGUGUAGUGCACAAAAUGCAUUUUGUUCUACGACAGUAUUUUUGCAGGUUUCUGCGGAAAAAAAAAACUAUUUUUGUGAUUUUUGGGGUACUGUAGGAGGAAGUACGUGAAGCAGAGUGGGUGUAGUACACAGAAUGCAUUUUAUUCUACGACAAGAUUUUUUUCACGUUUUUUUCCACGUUUUUGUGAUUUUUUUUUUCGAGUAAUAAGCAUAAAAAAAAUUGAGUGUAGUGCACAAAAUGCAUUUUGUUCUACGACAGUAUUUUUGCAGGUUUCUGCGGGAAAAAAAAACUAUUUUUGUGAUUUUUGGGGUACUGUAGGAGGAAGUACGUGAAGCAGAGUGGGUGUAGUACACAGAAUGCAUUUUAUUCUACGACAAGAUUUUUUUCACGUUUUUUUCCACGUUUUUGUGAUUUUUUGUUUUGAGUAAUGAGCAUAAAAAAAAAUUGAGUGUAGUGCACAAAAUGCAUUUUGUUCUACGACAGUAUUUUUGCAGGUUUCUGCGGGAAAAAAAAACUAUUUUUGUGAUUUUUGGGGUACUGUAGGAGGAAGUACGUGAAGCAGAGUGGGUGUAGUACACAGAAUGCAUUUUAUUCUACGACAAGAUUUUUUUCACGUUUGUUUCCACGUUUUUGUGAUUUUUUGUUUUGAGUAAUGAGCAUAAAAAAAAAUUGAGUGUAGUGCACAAAAUGCAUUUUGUUCUACGACAGUAUUUUUGCAGGUUUCUGCGGGAAAAAAAAACUAUUUUUGUGAUUUUUGGGGUACUGUAGGAGGAAGUACGUGAAGCAGAGUGGGUGUAGUACACAGAAUGCAUUUUAUUCUACGACAAGAUUUUUUUCACGUUUUGUUUUCCACGUUUUUUUGUGAUUUUUUUGUUUUUGAGUAAUAAGCAUAAAAAAAUUGAGUGUAGUGCACAAAAUGCAUUUUUGUUCUACGACAGUAUUUUUUUGCAGGUUUCUGCGGGAAAAAACUAUUUUUUUGUGAUUUUUGGGGUACUGUAGGAGGAAGUACGUGAAGCAGAGUGGGUGUAGUACACAGAAUGCAUUUUAUUCUACGACAAGAUUUUUUUCACGUUUUUUUUCCACGUUUUUUUGUGAUUUUUCGAGUAAUAAGCAUAAAAAAAUUGAGUGUAGUGCACAAAAAUGCAUUUUGUUCUACGACAGUAUUUUUGCAGGUUUCUGCGGAAAAAAAAAACUAUUUUUUUGUGAUUUUUUUGGGGUACUGUAGGAGGAAGUACGUGAAGCAGAGUGGGUGUAGUACACAGAAUGCAUUUUAUUCUACGACAAGAUUUUUUUCACGUUUUUUUCCACGUUUUUGUGAUUUUUUUUUUCGAGUAAUAAGCAUAAAAAAAAUUGAGUGUAUUGCACAAUAUACAUUUUAUUCUACGACAAGAUUUUUCACGUUUCCGUGAAAAUUUCAAAUUCAAUUUUUAAAAAAAUUUUCUUUAAAAGGUAAGCUUCCAAAUAUAAAAUAAUGAAUACCUAAACCAGUUUUUUGAAAACCAAAAAUUCAACUAUUGGGUUUCAAACCAUUUUUCACAAAAAGCAAAGUCCAAAAACUGAAUUUUUUUUAAUUAGACCGAAUUUCAAGCUAUUUUUCUUGAAAACUGAGCUUCGAAAUAUGAGAUUUCGAACCAUUUUCACAAGAAGCAAGGUUCCAACUUCAAGCUUGACAUGGAUAUUUUGAAAUUCAACCAAGGUAAAAUGGUAAAAUUUUGAACGAAAGCUAAAUUUUGAAGAUUCUAAAAGGCUUUAGGUGAUUAUAAAUGUGUUUAAAUAUCAUGUGAAGAAUUGUAAAACAACAAUUUUGAACCAUCCUGUCCGUAUUUACAGAGCAGCAAGCCCCUUGUUUUGGGAUGUUUGGGAUACCUGGGCUCGCCCGAAAAGUCCAACCGGCAUGCUCUGAACGUUGUGGUAAAUGACGUGGUAGGCUUUUUUUCUAGAUAAAAAAUUUUUAUUGAAAAAUAAUUCGUCAAAAAAUUGAUGGAAAAUAGCUCAAGUAUCUUUUCCGGACGGAAAUCCCAGAAUUUUCCCAUCUUUAGCUUCAUUUUUUUGACUGAGCAAAAGUACCGUAUCUCGAAAAUUUUCUACAGUAACCCAAGACAGUAUUAACUAUAAGAAAUUCUAAAUUGCAUUACCUGUCGAUCGAUAUACAAUAUGCCUAGAAAAAAAGGCAAAAUUCUUAGAUGCGCAGGUAUCCUACCGUAACCUGGCGGAAAGGGAAUGGCUUGAAAAAAUUUCUGCGCUCCAAAAAAAAAAUUUUUUUUUUACUCUUUGAGUAUUAUAGAGCCACAGUAGAAAGGCUGAAUUUUUUUGAAAAAGAACCCAAAAAAAUUUAUUUAUUUUAGUCAAAGACUGAACCGAAAAAUUAUGUCCAAAAACCGAAACCCAGGACUUUUCGGCCAGAUUGCCUGCCAGAAAUGAAAAGGUAAAUUUUUUUUUAAUUCUCUCAAACGUUUAUUUUAAGCCGAAUGGGCUCAAAAUUGACGAAAAACCCGCUGGAUUCGAGCCGAAAAAGGUUUGUUUUACCGGAUUUAUGGAAAUAAUGAGGAGAUUUGAUAGAAAAUUGAGCGGUCACUAGAGGGGUUUUUGAAAAUUACACUUUAGGGAUCACUUUAUCUCCCCCUAUAGGGGCGCUAGAACUUGCAGAAGUGGUGAAUCCAGGGGUUUUAGAUAGGGGCCACAUUAGAGGAGCUUACUAGUGGUCCCUGUUUUUCCUAGCCCCUCUAUGGACCACUUUACCUCCCCUAAAAGAGGCGCUGGAGCUCGCAAAAGUGGCCACUCUAGGGGAGCAUACUAGUGGUCCCUAAACGUCCGUUUAACUAAGCAAAAUUUAACCAGAAGUUGAAUGACCCUAUAGGGACCCCUCAGCCUUUAGGGGGUUCAGAUGUCAGACCUAUAACCCCUAUAGUGAAAACUUAAAUGUUAGCCCUCUAGGGAGCACUAUUUUGUUCACUAUAAGGGGCACUGAAGCUUGCAAAAGUGGCCACUCUAGGGAACUUGCUAGCCGUUUAUUGUUAUGAAGUCCAAAAAGAAAAAGAAAAAAAUUCAAAUUAAAACGAAAAAAACAUACAGACCCCUAUAGUGACCGCUCAAGCUUCCGCCGCCGAGAGGUCAGAUUCUAAACCCCUAUAGUGACCACUUAAGCCCUCUGAUCACUAUUUUGCCUUCUCUACAGGGGUUUUUUUCCCUCCUACUCCUUUAGGGACCACUCUAGCGUUUCUAAGGGUUUCAAAGUUCUUAUCGCUCCUUUUUCUAACUUUCUUGGAAAAAAAACAUUUUUUUUUUCCAGAAAAAUGAGAAACCGGUCGAAAUCAAGUCUGCAGUUGCCAGCGACCCAUUGGUAUUUUUUUGAUAGAAUUUCAGAAAAUAAAUUUUUUUCCUUACAGGAAAAAGGCUGAAACGACUUCUGAAUAUUUGGGCUUUGAAAAAGGUUGA